GCACCAUCACUACCACCGCCAACAACAACAACAACUGCACCAUUAUCUUCAACAGAAACAACAACAACAACAACAUCAGCACACGUAAAAACAUUGGCUCCUACCACAUACUCAUAUUCACCUUAUUUAGAUAAUAAUGAUGUAGUUUAUGAAGAAUACCCAUAUUAUAAUUAUGAAGGUAAUGUUUAUCAUCAACUUUUUAUCUUUGUCACUCACACUAUAAAUUAAUAGACAUGCCUGUCGUAAAUAAUCCUACAUUAAAAAAGAAAAGAGAAUUCGAUGAACGAAUGCAAAAUAUUAAUCGUGAAUUUCUUGAAAAUAAAGAAGUGCUUUAUGAAGAAAAGCUCAAGCAAUUACAAGAUGAAUUAAAAGCUGUUGAAAAAGGUCGUCACGAGCUUUAUGAAGAGUUACUAGCCGAUUUAGAAGAACAGAGAAAAAAGAUGAUUGACGAUGCACGCUUAAUGAUGAUUUAUCAAAUAUCUUGUGUAGAUAAGCAAUUUUAUUUAGAUUCUAAAAUUGUACAGGAAGAAUCGAUGGCAGAACGGAGAGAAUUACAAAAUGCCAUGUUUUUAGUAAUCGAUGAAAAGAGAAGGAAACUCAAAGAGGAUAAAGAUGGUGAAGGUGAAAUCGGCUUAUCGACACAUCAAACUAGAAAUCGAAAGCGAAUGUUGAGAAAACGAGGUGAUUUUGAAACGCUUGUAAAUAACCGUCAAACAAACAAUAAGCAAAAACGAAAACAAGAUCAUAUCCUUUUUAAUAUAUUUAUUACUAAUAUUGUUGAUAGAUGGUGUAUAUAUAUUAUCUUUAACUUUUAUUGGAAGAAGAGAUUGAAGCUGAUUUUUGUGCUAUGAAGAAAAAACGAUAAUUUUUUUUUUGAUUUAUAUACACACACAAAUGUAUAUUUUUUUUUAUAAUGUAUAUUUUUUAUUUUUUUUUUUCUUUACUUUUAUAUAAUGACUACAUUUAAAGGGAUGGCUAUUUUAUGUUUUCAUCCACAACAACAUCUACUUCAA